AUGGAUGCACUGGUGCUUUGCUUCUGCUUGGCGCUAGGACUAAUACAUACUACAGAGGAAAAGGUUCUCAGACGGGGCAGAGUUCCCCCACAUAUUGUUUUUGUGAUGGUGGAUGACCAAGGCUACAAUGACAUUGGGUACCAUGGCUCAGAGAUCCACACGCCCGUGUUGGACCAGCUGGCUGGCGAAGGGGUGAAACUGGAAAACUACUAUGUUCAGCCCAUCUGUUCCCCCACACGCAGCCAGCUUAUGACUGGACGGUAUCAGAUUCACACUGGGCUUCAACACUCGAUCAUCCGUGCACGGCAGCCCCUCUGCUUGCCCCCCGACAUACCGACACUCCCUGAGAGGCUCCGGCAGGCUGGCUACAGCACUCACAUGGUAGGGAAAUGGCACCUGGGUUUUUGCCGGCCUGAGUGUCUGCCAACGAGCCGUGGCUUUCAAAGCUUCCUUGGAUCGCUGACGGGCAGUGGAGACCAUUUCAGCUUCCAAAGCUGUGACGGUACAGAGGCCUGUGGGUUCGACCUGCAUGACGGAAACCGGCCGGCCUGGGAGCUGAGUGGGAAUUACUCAACAAGGCUUUACACUGAGAGAGUGAAAGAAAUCCUGAGAGGUCAUGACCAGCGGAUGCCCCUGUUUCUAUAUGUGGCCCUCCAAGCCGUGCACACACCAUUACAAGCUCCUGGGCAUCUUCUCAGACGCUACCAGACCCUUGGCAACAGACCUCGGCGCCACUAUGCCGCAAUGGUGAGCGGCGUAGAUGAGUCAGUAGGGGAGAUCGUCAGCGAGCUGCGGGAGCGAGGCUACUACAACAAGUCUGUGCUCAUCUACUCUUCAGACAACGGGGGCCAACCUCUCUCAGGGGGUUGUAAUUGGCCCCUGCGUGGCGGCAAAGGCUCCUACUGGGAAGGUGGAGUUCGAGCAGUUGGUUUUGUACACAGCCCACUUUUGAAAAGGAAGGGGGUGGUGAGUCAGGCUCUGAUUCACAUUUCCGAUUGGUACCCAACCUUGCUGUCUCUUGCAGGAUACAGAGAUUCUGAUUCCAGCCACCUGGACGGCCAAGAUGUUUGGGGUGCUAUAAGUAGCGGCCUGCCCUGUCCACGAACUGAAAUCCUCUUCAACAUUGACCCCGUGUCACGCAGACAUGGAGAAGUCGACCCGAGACUCCUAAAUGUUAAUGGUUUUGGGAUCUGGGAUACAGGAGUGCGUGCAGCCAUUCGAGCUGGUGACUGGAAACUUUUGACAGGGAACGUAGGCGACGGAGACUGGUUUCCGCCACAGACGAUGCCGGGAGGUCCGCAGCAGUGGCAGGGCAUGGAAAAGAGACGAGACCAGCGAGGGAAGUCUGUCUGGCUUUUCAACGUCACUGCUGAUCCCUAUGAGAGGGCAGAUUUGGCAGAGGCACGGCCUGAGGUGGUCAAGGUGCUGUUGGCCCGACUUGCUGAGUACAACCGGACUGCUGUGCCUCCGCGUAAUCCACCGGACGACCCGAUGCCAAACUGCCGAAUCAUUUGA